AUGUCUUUGAUGAAUGGUUAUAAACUGACUUUGAGUGAUACAUCCUGCUCUAGACCACCAGCUGUUUAUGCCAUUGUUGGAGAGUCAAACUCCUCUCCCACCAUAGCACUGGCUUCAGUAGUUGGUCCUUUCAGCAUACCUGUUAUCAGUCAUUUUGCCACAUGUGCUUGUCUGAGUGACAAAAAAAGAUAUCCAUCCUUCUUCAGAACAAUACCCAGUGAUUAUUACCAAAGCAGAGCACUGGCUCAGCUUGUAAAGUACUUUGGCUGGACCUGGGUUGGGACAGUCAGGAGUCGUGGAGACUAUGGUAAUUACGGCAUUGCAGCAUUUGAGGAGGCUGCAAAAGAAGAGGGGGUAUGUAUUGAAUACUCCGAGGCCAUAUUAAGCACCGAUCCAAAAGAGCAGUUUCUGAAGACACUAGAAGUGAUAAAGAAGGGCACUGCCAGGGUGGUGGUUGCUUUUGUUGCAUUAGGAGAUUUUGUUCCCCUCCUGAAAGUAAUGGUUCAACAAAACAUCACAGGGCUUCAGUGGGUUGGGAGUGAAUCCUGGAUCACUUCUCGAACUCUUGCUGAAACAAAGGACUACAGUUUCCUAUCUGGAGCUGUGGGUUUUGCUAUAGCAAAUGCCAAACUUACUGGCUUGCGCAAUUUCCUAGUGAAUGUGCACCCUGAUCAAGAACCAAACAAUGAAAUUUUAAAAGAAUUCUGGGAAACAACUUUUCAGUGCUCUUUCAGGACCACGGGUAGUAGUGCCUGUAGUGGCUCAGAGAAACUGGCAGAGCUGCAAAAUGAAUAUACUGAUGAAUCAGAGUUACGAAUUGCAAAUAAAGUGUACACUGCUGUGUACGCUGUAGCAUAUACACUACAUAACAUAUUAGAAGACUUCAGAUACUCCACAAACAAAAAUCAUUCUGAAUCUAAUUAUGUUUCUGGUCUUUCCUCUCAGAUGUUGGCUUAUAUGAGGGAUGUAAGAUUCACUGUUAAAACAGGUGAAGAGAUUUUCUUUGAUGCAAGUGGUGAUCCAGUGGCAAGAUAUGACCUGGUGAACUGGCAGCCUGCUGGGAAUGGAGGUCUGCAGUUUGUGCAUGUGGGAGUGUAUGACAGCUCACUGUCUUCAGAACAACAUCUUAGGAUCAAUCAGGAGCGUGUAUUAUGGGCAAAAAACACUAGACAGUUGCCUGUGUCCAUGUGCAGUGAGAGCUGCCCCUCCGGCACCAGGAAGGCUGUGCAAAAAGGACGACCUGUCUGCUGUUAUGAUUGUAUUCCAUGUGCAGAGGGUGAAAUCAACAAUUUAACUGAUUCUAUUGACUGUUUUCCUUGUGAUUUGGAAUACUGGUCGAAUGAAAGCAAAGACAAAUGUAUAUUAAAAGUGGUUGAAUUCCUGUCCUAUACAGAAAUCAUGGGAAUGGUGCUCUGUAUUCUCUCCUUCUUUGGGGUGUUAUUAACAGCAAUAGUAUCUUUUCUUUUUUUAUCUUCAUAA